UUUGAUCGCAUCAUGAUCAUCUUGCUCGAAAACCAAGAUUACUCUGCCGCUGUGGCUGCCUCGUACAUGUCCAGCCUUCUGCAGUCCGGCACCCUGCUCAGCAAUUAUCUGGCUAUCACCCACCCCUCCCAGCCCAACUACAUCGCCUUGGUCUCUGGUAGCACCAACGGCGUGACCAGCGACUCUAGUGUCAAUCUGAAUGUCAAGAACAUUGCCGAUCUGCUCGAAGCAAAGGGUCUUACCUGGAAGAACUAUGCCGAGGUAGGCGGCUGCUUCACCGGCAGCACUUCCGGCAAAUAUGCCCGCAAGCACGUUCCCUUCCUGUCCUUCACCGAUAUCUCGACCAGCUCCCGCUGCGACAACAUUGUGACGUCCGACCAGCUUGCUGCCGAUGAAGCUAGCGGCAACCUCCCGAACCUGAUGUUCUACACCCCUGACCUCAACAACGAUGGUCAUGAUACUGGUGUUACCUAUGCCGACAACUGGCUCCAGUCCUUCCUGCCCUCUCGCCUGAGCAACCCUGUCCACGCCAACACCCUCUUCUUUGUCACCUUUGACGAGUCUGAGAACUACAACAACAACAACCAGGUCUACAGCAUCCUUCUUGGCAAGGGCGCCCGACCCGGUGUCGACGAUAGCACCUCCUACAACCACUACUCGUUCCUGGCCACUGUCGAGGACAAUUUCGGUCUGGGCAACCUCGGCCAGAACGAUGCCUCUGCUGCUGCUUUUACCCUGGUCUAGUUCGUCCAUGGCCUGCGACCGUGGGCACCUCUCGAAUCCCGACGGCGUCGUCUCUAUGAUUACUAUAGUGCAUUCAGAAAAAAACGGGACACCACAGCCGCUUCCAUGAACAUGUAGUAUGUGAUGGCAUGCGUCUAGCAAAGCCAUAAGAAAUAAAUCGAAUCACUUUGGCAGCC